AUGAAGCUAGAUGUCGAUUGGUUGUUAGAUGCUGCGAAGUGCCUAGUGUUGAAGAAAGAAAUAAAAGAUAAAAGAAAGAGACCAACUGUUACAUGCUUAUUAUGUAACAAGUACGAAUUUCAGGUACGAAAGAUGACCUCAAAUUGUCAGUUACCAAUAGCAAACGGUGUACGUGUUGAUGGAAAGGACAGACUUAAACAUGUUGUUGAUCACUUACUUUCUCCAGCACAUGAGGAAGCCGAACGAUUGAAUGAUUGCGACAAAACUUGGUGUGAUAAGUCCGAUAAGCAUCCUUGGGUAAGAGUUUUUAAAAAGUGGAAUGACGAGAAAUUACAGGGCCUGGUUCGUAUUGCAAUCGAUGCCUACAAUGACUCGCAGGUUGAAACCUUAAGUGCUCAAAGCUGGCCCUCAAGAUCCCUUGCAGUAGAGCACAGUAAUCAUGUGUUGCACCACUUUGAGUCACAGGGAUGGAAUGCUGACUUUGUACCUUUUGAUCCACCAGCAUCCUGUUAUCACUAUAGAGAUCCAAUGCUUUAUGCAAAAUAAGAAACAUCAUUGCAAAACAAGAAAUGAAAAAAGUUGCACAAUUGUUAAAAGACUGCUUGUGUUACUAGGUGCAAAUUGAUGGAAGUGCUGACAAGCAGCAAGUUGAUUCCAAGUUUAUAACUGCUCGGUAUGUGCCAUGUGAUGAAGUCAGUGUUAAAACAGUGUUUCUUGGUAUUGCAAGUAGUGAUUUAGGAGGAGCUGAGGGGCUGUUAGAUUCUUUCACAACAUGUAUUGAAAACAUUGGCAUAAACACUGCUAAAUUGGUUGGUGUUACCACUGAUGGAGAAAAUGCAAAUACUGGAAAAAAUGCUGGUUUAUGGAAGCUUCUGCAAGACUAUAUCGGAAGAGAUAUUCUGACAAUAUGGUGUGUCUGCCAUCGAUCUGAUUUGGCACUUGAAUCGGUUCAGGCUGAGGUUCCUGAGCUCACGAUAUGGAUGUCCAAUGUUCUUGCUGUUGCAACAUUCUUUCGAACAUCUCCUCGCAGGACAAAACUACUUCAUAAGGUUUGCUUUAUGUUAUUUUUUUGUGCAUUUAAUUAAUAUACACUAUUUUCCAAAUCUUCUUUUUACUGCAUGGUUGAUUUUGUACGUUGAUUAUUGAUACUGUUUUCUAUCAUAGUAUUUAAAUCUGCUCUUUGUUCCAUUCAAUUUUCUGAAUAGGUUGAAGAAAAGUGCCUUUCCUUUCCCAAACAUUUUGAUGUCAGAUUUUCUGAGCACACAAGAAAUCUACUAAAUGCUGUACUGCAUAACUUGGAUGCUGCAAGAAGAGUUUGGCAGGAUAUGGUAGAUGGCACAAUAGAGAGCAAUAGUAAGGAAAAGCAAAUGGCUAAAGGCUUCAUUGAAAAGUGGUAUAAGGGAUCAAGACAGGUAGAGUACUCAGUACGGUCAGAGUGUCAGCACACUCAACUGGGUAGCAAUUUGUGAAGGAGUGACUAGGCAUAAAAAUACUUUCAGAUUUCAGAAUGCUUGUGGGAUACGGCAAUGGUUGUUACAUGCAUAAUUAAUUUCAAUUAGAAAAUAAACUUUUGAACGCCUUUAGAGUACGAUUACAAAGACUUGCUUGUUAACGUGCUUUGUUUUUUCUUUGUACUCUUUAGGUAUGGCUCACAGCUGUCAUGUUUGAUCUCUGCACAAUCUUUAAGACAUUACAGAAGUUGUUUCAGAAAUCAAACUUGAUUCUUCCAGAUGUGUUAACAGCAAAAGAUUCUGCUAUGCAGAACUUGAAGAUUAUGAAUGACAUACCAGUUCCAGGGGGGAAAGAGGAGCAGAAUUUGGAGUUGCACGAUAAUGAGCAAGGUAGACCU